AUGGCCGAUGUCGAAGUGAUUCCAAAGGAAGAGGCGGGCAAAGUUAAUUUAAAAUAUGCAAAACGAAGUCAUCGGCAUGGACGACAUGCUCCACAGUAUUUUAAAGAAGGACAAAUAAUUGAUUGUAAAUUUCGAAUCGAUAAAAUGAUCGGUGGUGGUGGAUUUGGUCAAAUUUAUCGUGUCACCGAUGAACGUACCAAAUCAGUAUUGGCGAUAAAAAUUGAACCGGAAGAUCAUGAACCGGGUCGAAUGAUACUCGAGCAAAAGGUGAUGCUAAAGCUUCGGGGAACACCGCAUAUACCACAAUUUUAUGCAAGUGGUAAUUUUUGUGGUUAUAAUUUUAUUGCUAUGCAAAUAUUGGGCAAAAAUUUAAGUGAACUAAGAAAGCAUCAGCCAAAGAGACGUUUAAGCAUUUCAACAGUUUCUCAUGUGGGAUUGCAAUCAGUGACAGCUUUAAAAGCUGUCCACGAUAUUGGAUAUAUUCAUCGAGAUGUAAAACCUUCGAAUAUUUGCAUUGGACUGCACCCGCACAGACGAACAAUUUAUAUUGUUGAUUUUGGUAUGGCUCGACAGUACCGCUUUGAUGACGGUGUGGUACGGAAGGAGAGGUAUUAUGCUGGUUUCCGUGGAACCGUGAGGUAUGUAUCCGUAACGGUACACGAGAGACGUGAUCAGGGUCCGGUCGAUGAUUUCUGGAGUUUAUUUUAUUCAUUGGUUGAGCUUAUUCAAGGUUCUUUGCCAUGGAGUGCAUUUGUAGAGCCGGAUGAAAUUGCAAAAUUCAAGAAGAAUGUCAUUUUUGAUGAAUUUGGAAGAUUAGUACCAAAGGAAAUGGAAACAAUAAUGAAACAUUUGUCGCAGUUGCAUUACCAUCAAAUUCCCAAUUAUGAACUACUUACAACGGAACUUAAUAAAAUGUUACCAAAAAAUAUGCCAGAAGAUUUGCAAUAUGACUGGGAAACAACGCAAAGUGACAUAAAUUAA